AUGCUACACACGGCACGAUAUGGAUCCACGACGGUGUUCGACAACCCGGCUCGAGACCGCGUUCGCUUGCCUCGUCUCAUACCUGCCGAUGGUGUCCUCGUGCCGUAUGCCGAGCGCGAAGCAUUGGGCCAGUACUGGAUGAAGGACCUCGAGUCGGGCAGGUUCCGCACCGAGACCUACGUUGCACACCUCAACCUCCCUGGGGGAGACAACGUCGUGCUGCUGACGACGACGAAGGUGCUCUCGUUCUGGUCGAACAAGCUCCGGCUCGAGUGGGAGCUGCCGUUCACGCAGGUGCAGGGUGUCACCAUCGAGGACACGACACCACUGCUCACCUCUGUCACUCGACCAUGCCACCAGAACGCGGAACAUGAGCCGGAACGUGUUCUGCGGUACAGAUCCCUCCGCCGCUGGGGCCUUCUGGCCCCAGGACGUUCUCGCGAAUCGUCGCUGACAAACGUUGUGAAAGGUGGUGCUCACGGCAGCUAA